CUAACGUUGCAGGACAGAGGGUGGGGCAUCGGUAGAAGAAGCUUCGAGCGUCGGUCGCGGAGGUCAUCGGGAGAGGAACGAGGCGAGCGUUCAGUUCCUCCGGGAGCCUAUCAGGGUCGAGGAAAAUGGCGAGUGCCAGUGCUGCGGGUAAUUUGGAUCGCGGCGAGAAUCUUCGUUCGAAUUGGCAUGUUGCGGGAGUCUGCGGGGCGGACCGAGAUGGGCAGAUAUUCCGCAAAUGCAGCCGGUUGCCACACGUCUGUGCACGAGUUUUGGCAUGCAAGGGAGGAGGUGGUGGAUGAAGUCUGCCGGUGGAGCAGCGCAGGCAGGAGGCAUAAAGUGGCGCGAGUGGCAGUCCCGAGAAAAUUCGAGUGGAUUGGGUUUGACGUAGCACUGUUUGGUGGUCGUCUUCGCAUGUGCUUAAAAUAUAUAUCCUAGUGCGGCGACGUGCAGAAUCCAUCCAACGAUCAGAGUUCUGAGUUUUCUUGCUAGUGCUUGUUUCUUCGUUGCUGGCGACGUCUCGAAGGCAUAAAUACGAGUGAUGACGCUCCCGAUUUUCGCAGUUCGAAUUUGAUUUUUAUCGGGAUGGCUAGAGGCUCGACGUGAGAAAUUCAUUACGCCUUCGAUUGACUGUCUAUGUUGACAGUCGUAAUAUUUUGCACAGGAUCCAGCGGAGAUUGAGAGCUCCGAGAAAUGGAGGCUUCUAUUCUUCUCUCUCUGCUGUUGGGUGCAGUUUUGCUGCUCAGUCUUUCCGUUUUCGUGCAUCGUCAGAAGUCGAUUUUCGGGGACCCUCGAAUACCCAAGGGAUCCGACGGAUGGCCUCUGGUGGGAGAAACUCUAGCUUUUGGAAAUGUCGAUCCCAUGAAAUUUGCUCUCCCUCGAAUCAAAAAGUUUGGACGUGUUUUCAAGUCACACUUGCUAGGAACGCCAUCGAUCAUGGUGGCUACUCCAGAAAUGGCAAAAUUUGUGUACGGAGAGAGAAAUCUCUUCAGAGCAAGUUAUCCGAGGACCAUUACUACUCUCAUUGGAAAGGGAUUCUUGUCCAGCUGUGAUCCUCAUCGCCAUCCAUUUCUGAAGAAAGUGAUACAGAGUGUUCUGCUUCCGGACACUUUGCGCCACGAAGUUGGACGCAUUGAAGGUUAUAUUAACGGGGGUCUGGAUUCUUGGGAUGGUAAGCCCAUUCUAGCAGCGAAAGAAUUCAAAGAGCUUACCUUGAACAUUGCGGUAUAUUUCAUCUUUGGGCUCACAGAUCUUCGCGGAACUGCUGAGGCCCAAGUUCUUAUUGAUAUGUAUCGAGCACUAUCCAGUGCCAUGUAUGUCAUGCCAAUAAAUCUUCCAGGUUUCCAUUGGUACAAAAGUCUGCAGGCUCGAAAAGUAGGAUGUGAUUACUUGAAGAGAUUGAUUUUGGAAAGAAGGAGGGAAGCGGACCAAGGUGUGAAGCAGAAUACAGUGUUGGGAGCACUUGUGGGAUGCACUGACGAGAAGGGAGAAAAAUUGCGUGAUGAUGAAAUUAUAGAUCUCCUUCUUGGUACGUUAUUCGGAGCACAUGAUACAACUGCAACAACUAUAACCUGGAUCGUCAAACAUCUAUCAGAGCAUCAUGAUGUUUUGCAAGCCGUCGUGGCUGAACAAGAAGAAAUCAGGAAAUCCAAAGCACCGGGAGACCCUUUGACUUGGGAGGAUACUCGACGGAUGCAGUAUUCCUUACAAGUCAUCCAAGAAACACUCCGAUUGCCAACAGUUUUGCAGUUUACUGGACGCGAAGCACUUGAGGACAUAGAAUUCAAAGGUGUUCUGAUACCCAAAGGUUGGAGAGUCUUUCUAAUGACAACGUGCAUACAUCUGGAUGCCGAAAAUUUUCCAAAUCCUCUUGCUUUUGAUCCUUCCCGAUUCCAGGUUCCUCCUAAACCCGGGACAUAUUUUCCAUUCGCUAGUGGAACUCAUGUGUGUCCCGGUAGUGAGCUAGCGAAGCUGGUUAUAUUGGUGUUUAUGCACCACCUCACCACCAAAUUUAGGUGGCAGAGUCUGCAACCAGAUACAGGAACAGUUUUCAAACCAUUUCCUUUACCGAAUGGUGGUUACCCGAUCAAAUUGGAGAGGAAGGUUCUUUGAGGUCUCAAUAUGAUUUCUUCAGAACACUCUGUCUUCUGACGACACAUUAAAGUAGAAUAAGAUCAAUACCAGGUAUAGGAUUAGAUUGAUGUGGACUUUUAUACGAGAGCUGUUCCAGAUCUAGGAAAAUGUGGUAGGUGGUAGUUGGUGGCAUCACAGAUUCAGCCCUCCGAUGACAUCAUUGAAAAUAAAGUCCUGAUGAAAUGUGGAGAUGUAUAUAAAGAUUAUCCCGAAUGCCACAAUUCAAGAUUAUAUUCUGCCAAUAAAUAGGAAAUUUAUCUUAC